UAUAAUUUUAAUUAAAUAAUUUGCCAAAUUAAAUACAAAGUAAUAAGCAAAAUACUAGAAGUAAAUAAAUACAUUGUUGACAAAACAAGUCGCAGUUUUUAAAUGUGGCGGUGUUUUAUAAAGAUACUUUGAAGAAAUGGAAGACGUUCACAGAGGAGCCAUACAAAGCAAUUAUGUUUCUCUCGUGGAGCAGACCGACCUGGAUCUCAUGGUAUCAGCUCUGUACGAGAAGGGUGUUUUUUCUGAGCAAAUGAUCGAGCGGUAUAAGGACACGCAGAAGGACGCCCGGCAGCGCAAGCGGCAGCUGUACCUGGACGUGAUGACGCGGGGCCCGCGGGCCUUCGCGCACCUGGUGGACGCGCUGACCGAGGCCGGCUACUGGAACCUGGUGCGCGACCUCGACCCCGACAGCCAGCUGCACUCCGCGCAGGACAGGCCGAGUCCAAGACCACUACCACCAAGAACCCGAGAAGAAAAACCAUUCAUCAGCAUUAGUAAUGGGAGGACUAAACCUGUAACUGGUAUUGAUCCACAAAAAACUAAUGAAGAGAAGGUCAACCAAAAACCAACAGAAUCUGAAAUGAACUAUUCACAUGAAGAUUCUAAGAUCCCACACUUUGAUGUGACUAAAAGUACGAAAUACUACGAUGACGAUGAUGAAGUCUCAGGCAUCAAGGCGUACCGCACGCGCGACCGCGGGCGCGGCGCCCUGAUGGUGUUCAACUACACGGAGUUCGCCAACCGCGUGGAGGAGCCGCGGCUCGGCGCCGACGUCGACUGCGUCAAGCUCAAGUACCUGUUCGACGAGAUGGGCUUCACUGUGCGCUCCUACCCCAACUACACCAAGAAGGAGACAGUGGAAGUGCUGGAGUCGCUGAAGACGAACUCGGUGAUCGUGGAGGCGGGCUGCGUGUUCGUGGUGGUGUCGUCGCACGGCUACGCGCGCGCGCACAGCUCGGACAACGACUUCCGCUGCCACGACGGCACGCUCAUGUCCACCAAGGACUUCCUGCAGUACUUCAACAACCUGCACCUGCCCGCGCUCGAGGGCGUGCCCAAGGUCUUCAUCUUCCAGAUCUGCAGGGGCUCGGAGGUGGACUGGACGACGCUGCAGAUGCCGUACAGCACGGCCAGCGACGGCGCGCCCUACGGCAGCGCGCCCGCGCCGCGCCCCGCGCCGCCGCCCACGCCCCGCGACCAGCGCGCGCGCGUCUACUCCGACAUCCUCAUCGCGCACUCCACCGUGCCGGGCAACGUGUCGUACCGCGACAGCAAGGACGGCUCGUGGUACAUCCAGGUGCUGUGCGAGGUGUUCGCGCGCUAUGCGCACGAGCGCGACGUGGUGGAGCUGUUCACGCUCGUGGACCAGCAGCUGGAGGAGCGCUUCCGCAUCCAGACGUCCAGCAUCGAGCGCUGGGGCUUCAACCGCCGCCUCUACCUGCACCCCGGCCUGCCGCGCCCGCCGCGCGACCGGCCCGCCGACGCCACCCGGCCUGCCCAGCCCGCCCAGCCCGCCGUAUGAACUAUCGAAACACGGGCAAAGGUGAACACGUGUUGUGUAACUCUCGGGUAGCUGUUUUUAUACAGGAUGUCCCAGAAUGGGUGAAUCAAACUGAUAGGGGAGGUAGCUCUACUAAUGUACUAUCCCAAAAAAAUAUGAAAAAAAAAUAUUU